CUUCCUGAAGGAGAGUCCCGUAUGUUUUCAAACUGAGGUCUGCCGCAUCUGGAUGGUUAGCUUACAGCUUCCCAACAAUAUCCAGGUCCACUAUGUCCAAUGAAGACCUAAUUUCGGUGGAUUAUGAAAUUUUUGGCAGAGUGCAGGGUGUGUUUUUUCGGAAAUACACUCAAGCAGAGGGGAAGAAACUUGGCCUGGUUGGAUGGGUCCAAAACACAAGCGCAGGAACUGUUCAGGGGCAGCUACAAGGGCCACGCAGCAAGGUGGAAGAAAUGCAAGAAUGGCUGAGAUCCACUGGGAGUCCCAAGUCACACAUAACCAAGGCAGAGUUCAAGAAUGAGAAAACAGUUGACAGCCUAGAACACUCAUCAUUUAACAUAGUAAAAUAAAACAACCCCUAGAUUGUACAUAUAAUGUUAACUUUAAAGCAGAUGUGUUAUUUAUUUAGUCUUUUUAUUGGUUGGACUGUAACUCAUAUGUCAUAUAAUGACUUGAAAAUAUGUGUGUAUGUUAGAUCUCCUUAAUCUCUCUACAAUAUAGGGAAUUACAUUAAUAAAUGGAAAAUUCCUUUC